GCUUCAGUGGACCUCCAGACAGGCAGCGACGCCGAGUGGCGUACUUCGCUCUUCUUUUUUAUUUCCCCACACGAACAGCUGCUUCGAAAUCGAAAUAUCGUCACGCUACCCGGUAGCUCUGGCAUCGCCUAACCUCCCUUUUUUCGUUUCCCAUUAGUCGCCACUCCGCGUUAGGGACCACGCUGGCAUGUACGCGAGCCAGCACUCCGGCCCGCACAGCCGGGUCGCCGCUACCGAUCAAGGCGGCGCCGUGCCAAUCACGAGUGCGCUAGGGCAGGAGUUGGACCGCCUCGUGAGCGGCACCCUCGCCGCGCAGGACUACCGCGACCGCGUCGAGGCCCUCACACACGCCGUGCGCGCCACGGACGAGAAGGUGCUGAACUUAACACGCCUGGUGAAGCUGUCGCAGAACAUCCAAGAGGAGAAGGAGGCGGAGCUGCGCCAGCAAAACGAAGAGCUGCGGGCGCGCCUCAAGCGACAGGAGCAGCUGACGAGCCAGCUGCAGCGGCAGUUGGAGGAGGUGCAGGCCACCGUGAACGCACAGGCAAGCCAGCACGUAGCGCAGCGCAUCGAGGCGCGCGUAGCGGCCAGCGCCGCCCAGCAGGAAGAGCGGUGGGCCGCCGUACGACAGCAGUUGGCGGAGCUGGAGACGCGCUUGGGUAGUUCCGACGCGGCCACUACCCAGCAUUUCGAGGAGCGUCUCGCUCAGUUAGAGGAGCAUGUGCAGCGCGUGGCGCAGACAAGCAUGGAGGCCACAAAUCAGUGGGCCAAGCGCAAUUUUGUGCGCUUUAAAGACCGUGUGAACUCCCUGCGCGCGGACGUCGCGGACAUACGCGGUGGGCAGCAGGAGCUGGUGACGGCGGUGCAGAGCGCGAACUGCCGUGCCGAGGCGGAGUACAAGAAGGUGCUUCUCAUUCUACAAGAAAAGACGAAAGAGGCGGAUGCGUUAACGGAGCUGGUGGAGAAGGAACUGCGGCACCUGCAGAAAGUGGCCGCUCAGCACCAAAUACUGGCCUCCAAAGACAUUACCCCACGUUUGCAUUGGACGAGAAGCCCUACCACGCGCUGA